UCUGCUCGAACGUCGCCAGUCCGCGGAACAAGCCGAGCGUCGAAUUGGCAGAGAGUGUCGCGCCGGUGCCGUCGGCGGGGACGAGUAGCGUGUAGCCUUCGGCGCGCUGCUCGAUGGGCGCGAUCGCCUCGGCGGAGAUGCUGUUCGCGGCAGCGCCCUUGCUCAAAGUCAGGGUGAGCGCCGGCAGGCUCUUGGCUUGGGAGAUCGCGCUAGCCGACGACGCGCCCCGGUCAACGACGAGCGCGGCGAGUUUGUCCUUGGCGAGGAGGCCUUUCGUGCGGGACACCGCGGCGACGAGGUCUGCGGGGGGAUGCGGGAGGGCGAUGUGGAUGUCGAAGGAGUGGGCAAGCUUGAGCGGCGUCGUGCCCGUCACCAGACUCGACGGCAGGGGCCAGAGGGCCUGCACCUGGAGUGCUGGCAGCAGAACCGCGCUACAUGCGAGGAGUGCCGACGCCUUCAUAGCUGAACGCGCGGAAAGGGGGAAGAUGGAGAAGCGGAGAAGGGUCGGUUCAACGUCUCAAGAACACCAGCUUUAUAAAGGCAAAGCAGGUUCUAUAGAUCAUCUCGACAAUCCCGCUCGAUGGAAGCAUGAUGCAUACAGCCUGACUAUAUGGCCUGGCGCCUGACCAUGAUUGUCUGAAUUUUAGUUUCACAUGCGGGAUGACGGAGAGGUUGUCAACGAGGAGAAGGAUACUCCGUCCGAUGUCCACGGGAGCAGACCCGCGUAAGCAGGCACAUAUAAAGAGAGACCGGUCGGAGAGUAUGGGAUAAUUCAGGGUGGUGGAGGACUCGGUCUUACGACAGCCAACCGUGGACAUUCCUCGACGACCCCGGAUGAGACCGACCCUGACCAUACUCGGCAGGAUGUCUGACCCGGUUAUACCAGGCCCUUGUGCGACCCUCCACUCCAACUAUCAUCCUCGUCGAGAUCAUCCUCCACACCACUUGCAUUGAGCGAGAAGGGUCUUCUCCAGCCGUCCAACGCUGAUAGAUGGCAGUCGUAUCACGGCUUUGCGAGCGAUGUGAUGAAUAGGUCGAUGUUCGCUUCUUCUAGCCGCACGGGCGAUUGAAGAGUCCAGUUGGAGUCGUAGCAGCGAGAAUUAUUAGGGGGAGCGUAUGUGCGGUCGAUGUACGUGAUGAACAUGCGUGAAGUCUCAGGGCGCCGGGAGGAAUGAGCAUCGCGUCUAUCAUUGGCUGUAUCAUCCGAACUGUAUCAAUACUUUC